AUGGAACUGGCCCGGGUACUCGGUUGGACAGUUGAGUUUCUACAAGCUGCGUUUUUAGUUACCGAUGAUAUGAUGGAUCAAUCUAGCAAACGUCGUGGCAAACCGUGCUGGUACAAAUUAGAUCAUGUUGGUUUAAUGUCAUGCAACGAUGCUAAUUUAUUGGAACAGGAGGUCUAUCAUAUGAUACAAUUAUUUUUUCAUUAUAAGCCCUAUUAUCAAAAAUUGGUUGAUCUCAUGCACGAGACAACCAGGUAUACAGCUUAUGGACAAUGUAUGGAUAUGCUCUCAAGCCCACCAAACGAGCCAGCACAAUUUGUAUUAUUUACGGCUGACCGUUAUAAUACAAUUAUAAAAUAUAAAACUGCAUUUUAUUCAUUUGUAUUGCCAGUAAGACUAGCCAUGUACAUGUCAUUAUGCAAUUCCCAGGAUGAGCAUAAACUAGCCGAGACCAUAUUACUAAAAAUUGGACAUUUAUUUCAAAUGCAAGACGACUACUUGGACUGUUUUGGAGACCCUGAUACAAUUGGCAAAAUUGGGACAGACAUACAGGAAGGCAAGUGUUGUUGGCCUAUAGUUAAGGCAUUAGAAAUGUGUGAUCAGAAUCAGAGGCAAACACUUGACACUAAUUAUGGCAUAAAUGAUGAGAAAUGUGUUGCAAUUGUUAAAGAGAUUUAUCACGAAUUAAAUAUUCAAGAAGUUUAUACUGAAUGCGAAGAAUGCAUUUACAAUGAUAUAUGUGUUAUGAUUGAUGACCUCAAAUUCAAAAGUAACUUAUGCCCGGUCAUAUUUUACGAAAUGCUUGAUAAAAUAUAUAAAAGGGUUAAAUGA